CUCAAUAGCAACAGCUAAAGUGAGAGGUGCACUAUGGGACUUUGAGCAGCCUUCAAGUGUCUCUGUGUCUAAUCCAGGCACUGGCAUCAGCCUUUUCUUGGUCAACAAAUGUUUUACUGUUUACAAAUAUAAUUAUAUAUGACCCACAUUCUUCCCCUAACUGUGGUGGUCCUAGCGGAGAAUAAACAUAAAGAUGUAAUAUGAUGGCACAAGGUCAGUUUUUUUUCCCUCUGGAUCAUUUCGACAUUUCCAUUGCUGGACUCAGGUUAUAUGUAAAGAUGCUGUUAAAAUGUAAUAUAGACGCUCACAUACUUCUUCCUCCCGCUGUAUCUCAGGUCUCCACAGGUCGACUUAACUAAACUCGGGUCGUAAAACAUUAGCAUUCGCUGAAUACUGGGGUAAAAGGAUGUUCAAAGCAGACCGCAGCCCUCGCGUUCAUUACAUAAGACCAAAACAAAGAGUCACACUGCAGUGAAGGGUUAGGGCUCGGGGUCGGGUGACAGCAGCAUAUGAUUCACGGCUCGCUGUGCCCUUUUGUCUUGUCCUUCUCGUGGUGGGACCGUCCACUGCUCUCAGCCAAUGUUAUUUUACCGCCUUCAGAGCUUUUUCUCUCUUUGUCUCUUCCAAGUAAACCGGCAAUGUCGCUUCCCAUGUCGACUCUGCUCAGUGCAGGAAUGAAGAAGGAAUGCGGCACUUGUCACAACAAGGGAUGUUCCCUUUGCUUUAUAGUUCAGAUGUCGGGGAAAAAACAAAUUCUAUCAACAUUGUGUGUGAUUUACACUAAAGAAUAGAUUACCAUGACUUUUAAAAAUAUAAUAAUUUAACUUUAGUGAACGGACCUUUGAUAGUAUAUGUAGGCCAAAGUCGUUGUGCAUUAUGUGUUGGAAAUCAAAUUUCAUCAUUGAAAAACUGUUUUCCUGAGCUGUAACUACAUUUUUUUGUUAGGAUUUCGCUCGAACUGAUCAAUAAGUUAGAAAAUACUGUAUGCAAAUGCCAAAAACCAAAAGAGCCUAAAUUUUUUUAUCUUUUGAAAACUAUUAAUUUGCAGACACAGCAUGUUGCGUGGCCAGAACAUCAAUAACUUUAAAGAAAAUCUCAUUACAAUAAUGAAAACUCAUUGAUUUUAUGGAAAUAGCUUGCAUUAAUGCAUCGGCAAACAUAUCUUCUCAUCUGCCAUAUGGUGAGCCUAGAAACAAGCCACCAUGUUACAACGGAAUGUACAGGGUCUAUAUGAAAUCGUAAAGACUUUUAGACUCUUCUGAUUUGUUGAGACGAAUCAGUUUUGUGGAGUUUGGAGUCAAACGGCUGCAGAUGUGGAACACAGCUGUCUACUCAUUUGGAACUGUAGAGCUCCAUGUGUCCUGCCAGACUAUGUAUCAUGAGACAAUUAUAGUUAUCUAGAUAUUUAUUAAUUGUUAAAAUGUGUUUUGUUUUUCAAGUAAUUAGGAGAAAGACGUGUGUCUUUGUUUUAAAUCUUAUUCUAUUGUUUGAGGUUAUUUUCCUGAUAUCGAUAGUCAUUAUCUUGGUAUUACUCACCAGUAUUCUGGUCAUUUAUUGACAGUUUAAAGGCAGCCUGUUAUUGUCUCUUUGCUCUCUCUGCUGUCCUCCCUACAUGGACAGCAGGCACACAUGUCCACACGGGAGUUCCCUCUCCUUGUCAUGCCAUUCAUGGAGUGGCUGUUGUCAACGGAGCAGUGGGAUACCAAAUAUGGAGACGGGGUCUCACUGCUCAGCCCCAUCUCUCAUACACUUGUCUGGGUAUAAAUUGGAGCAUCAUGACAGUUCAGCACCCCCUGGUUCACACACUCAACAUCCAAAGCCUGGUGCUGAUCUGAGCUGAUACCAUGUGUGACGACGAGGAAACUACCGCGCUUGUGUGCGACAACGGCUCCGGCCUGGUGAAGGCUGGGUUCGCCGGAGAUGACGCACCCCGCGCCGUGUUUCCUUCCAUCGUGGGUCGCCCCCGUCACCAGGGCGUCAUGGUCGGUAUGGGCCAAAAAGACUCGUACGUCGGCGACGAGGCUCAGAGCAAAAGAGGCAUCCUGACCCUGAAAUACCCCAUCGAGCACGGCAUCAUCACCAACUGGGACGACAUGGAGAAGAUUUGGCACCACUCGUUCUACAACGAGCUGCGCGUGGCUCCGGAGGAGCACCCCACUCUGCUGACAGAGGCUCCCCUCAACCCAAAGGCCAACAGAGAGAAGAUGACCCAGAUCAUGUUUGAGACUUUCAACGUUCCCGCCAUGUACGUGGCCAUCCAAGCCGUGCUGUCUCUGUAUGCGUCUGGACGCACCACAGGUAUCGUCCUGGAUUCCGGCGAUGGUGUGACCCACAACGUGCCCAUCUAUGAGGGUUACGCUCUUCCUCACGCCAUCAUGCGUCUGGAUUUGGCCGGUCGGGACUUGACAGAUUACCUCAUGAAGAUCCUGACCGAACGUGGCUACUCUUUUGUCACAACCGCCGAGCGUGAGAUCGUGCGUGACAUCAAGGAGAAGCUGUGCUACGUGGCUCUGGACUUUGAGAACGAGAUGGCCACCGCCGCUUCCUCCUCCUCCCUGGAGAAGAGCUACGAGCUGCCCGACGGUCAGGUCAUCACCAUCGGCAAUGAGCGUUUCCGCUGCCCGGAGACCUUGUUCCAGCCGUCAUUUAUUGGCAUGGAGUCUGCAGGCAUUCACGAAACCACUUACAACAGCAUCAUGAAGUGCGACAUUGACAUCCGCAAGGACCUGUACGCCAACAACGUCAUGUCAGGCGGCACCACCAUGUACCCCGGUAUUGCUGACCGCAUGCAGAAAGAGAUCACCGCUCUGGCCCCCAGCACCAUGAAGAUUAAGAUCAUCGCACCCCCGGAGAGGAAAUACUCGGUAUGGAUCGGCGGCUCCAUUCUCGCCUCUCUGUCCACCUUUCAGCAAAUGUGGAUCAGCAAACAGGAGUAUGACGAGGCUGGACCCUCCAUCGUCCACAGGAAGUGCUUCUAAGCACCAGAAUGACUCUCUCUCCUCACUCUCCUGUCACCGCUGCUCCCUUCUGUGCCAAAUUCCCAUUUUUUUUCUAUUCGUACACACCGUCGUCAAAUAUUUGUUUACGCUUAAAUGUAUAGGUUUAUAAAUAAAUGACAAUCGGGACAUCCAA